AACUUUGCUCAAUUUAUUCAAAUUUGUUGUUGGAUAAAGUAAACUGUAAGACUCGCCAUUUUCAAACAAACAAACUCCACUCUUUCAAGUUUCAGCUACUUUAGGACACUCAACAAAAUGGAGAGAGCAACACCUGUACGGAAACCCAAUACCUCUACCGCCGAUCUGCUCACCUGGUCGGAAGCUCCGCCGUCGAACAACUCAUCCGCCGCCUCCGGUGCUCGUUCUCAUCAGCCUUCUGAUGGAAUCAGUAAGGUGUUGUUUGGAGGUCAAAUUACUCAAGAGGAAGCUGAAAGCUUGAACAAACGGAAACCAUGUUCAGGGUACAAACUGAAGGAGAUGAGUGGCAGCAAAAUCUUUUCUGCUGAUGGUGAAGAUGAUGCAUCUGAAGCAGGAGCUGUUAAUGGUAACUUUAACAACAGGACAUCUGUACGCAUUGUUCAGCAAGCUGCAAAUGGGAUAAGCCAGAUCUCAUUCAGUACUGAAGAAAGGAUCUCCCCGAAGAAACCUAUCACUCUUACAGAAGUGGCAAAGCAGAGAGAGUUGAGUGGAACACUAGAAAUUGAUUCAGAUAGCAACAUGAAGAAGCAGCUGUCAGAUGCAAAGAGCAAGGAACUCAGUGGAAAUGACAUCUUUGGCCCUCCUGCAGAAAUUCCUCCGAGAUCUUUGGCUGCUUCCCGAUGCAUAGAGUUAAAAGAAAGCAAAGACAUGGGUGAACCUGCUCCACGAGUUGUACGUACAUCUGUCAAGGUUUCUAAUCCUGCUGGUGGUCAAAGCAAUAUUUUGUUUGGUGAUGAACCUGUUGUCAACACAGUAAAGAAAAUACAUAACCAGAAAUUUGCAGAGUUGACCGGCAAUGACAUUUUCAAGGGAGACGUUCCUCCUGGAUCUGCAGAAAAGCCACUGAGCAGAGCAAAGCUGAGAGAAAUGAGUGGAAAUGAUAUUUUUUCUGAUGGAAAAGUUGAAUCCAGAGAUUACUUUGGUGGCGUGCGCAAACCACCAGGCGGAGAAAGCAGCAUCGCGCUAGUUUAGAUAAAUGCCAUCAAACUGCUUUCAUAUUGUUUGACCUGUAGUGUUCCUGCAACAUUUCACUUCUAAUGUUUCAUGAGAUUUAGAACUGAGGGUUGUAGAUUAUGUGUUUAACCAUGUUAUAUGGACAACUUCCAAACUAUAAUUUACAUCAACUUGAAAGAUUUGCCUAAAA